AACCGCUUCUCCACCUUCGUCAAGUCGGGCGGCGAGGCCUUCGUGCUGGGCGAGGCGUCGGGCUUCGUGAAGGACGGCGACAAGCUGUGCGUGGUGCUGGGCCCCCACGGGCCCGAGUGGCAGGAGAACCCCUACCCUUUCCAGUGCUCCAUCGAGGACCCCACCAAGCAGACCAAAUUCAAGGGCAUGAAGAGCUACAUCGCCUACAAGCUGGUGCCCAGCCACACCGGGCAGCAGGUGCACCGGCGCUACAAGCACUUCGACUGGCUCUACGGGCGCCUGGUGGAGAAGUUCCCCGUCAUCUCGGUGCCCCACCUGCCAGAGAAGCAGGCCACCGGGCGCUUCGAGGAGGACUUCAUCUCCAAGCGGCGGAAGGGCCUGGCCUGGUGGAUGGACCACAUGUGUAGCCAUCCGGUGUUGGCCCAGUGUGAUGCUUUCCAGCACUUCCUCACCUGCCCCAGCACGGACGAGAAGGCCUGGAAGCAGGGCAAACGCAAAGCGGAAAAGGACGAGAUGGUGGGUGCCAACUUCUUCCUGACCAUUAGUGUCCCUGCUGGCCACCCAGCUUCUCUGGACCUGCAGGAGGUCGAAAGUCAGGUAGAUGGCUUCAAGAGCUUCACUAAGAAGAUGGAUGAGAGCACCAUUCAGCUCAAUCAGACGGUGAACGAGUUUGCUCGCAAACAGGUCACUGGUUUCAAGAAGGAGUACCAGAAAGUAGGGCAUUCCUUCAAGGGCCUCAGCCAGGCCUUUGAGAUGGACCAGCAGGCUUUUUCAGUUGGCCUCAAUCAAGCCAUUGCCUUCACUGGAGAAGCUUAUGAUGCUAUUGGCGAAUUCUUUGCAGACCAACCCAGGCAGGACCUGGAUCCUGUGAUGGAUUUGUUAGCACUGUAUCAGGGACAUCUGGCUAAUUUCCCAGACAUCAUUCAUGUCCAAAAAGGAGCCCUUACCAAAGUGAAGGAGAGUAAGCGGCACGUAGAAGAAGGGAAGAUGGAGGCCCAGAAGGCGGAUGGCAUUCAGGAUCGUUGUAACAUUAUUUCUUUUGCUACCCUGGCAGAAAUCCACCAUUUCCACAAAAUUCGAGUCAGGGACUUCAAGUCACAAAUGCAGCAUUUCUUACAACAGCAAAUACUUUUUUUCCAAAAAGUGACACAAAAGUUAGAAGAAGCUCUUCACAAGUACGACAGUGUUUAAUGUCUGGAUGGCUACAAUAUUGUUUAAUUCCUGGACUCUGAAUAGUGGAUAUUUCUUGGCAUACGGAUGAGUUAAGCAACAGAGACAACAAAUACUACUCUCAGAUAACUAUCAGCACCUCCUUGAGGCUGCUGUAGAAGGAUGGUUUUAUAAUCUGUUUUUGGAUGCAACUGAUCCUAAUAAUUGGAUUUGGAGAAAAUAAUUAUGCCUAUGUAGCGGAGACUGUACUACACAUUGUAACUAAGUCAUACUCCGAAUGCCUACACUACCAUUGUAAUGUUUUUUGACAUAAUGAUUAUACUAUCUGCCUUAUUGCUUUUUUUUAAAUACGGUAUUUUAGUGCAUAUUCUGUAGACCUCAAAACCUUUUGGGUCUUCAAAGAAGCUGGUUAGUUUAAAGAACCUGCUUCAGAUGCCUUUUUAAAAAUACUCUUCGGUUUGAAUAUCUAAAUUCAACCAGUUAUCUGUUUACAAAUUCCUGUUAGAGCAGCUAUGCGACUUUGUGCCUUUAGACUCACAAUUUUUUCAGUUUUUUUUUCUAAUAAACCACAUUUUUAUGACUGAAUGAAUGAAGGGUUGGCACCUCUGACAGGGCCUGAUUUCAAACCUCAUAGUGACUGGAAAUAAAUAACUGUCAUGAAAAUCGCACACCUGGUAGUGAGAGAAAUGUUGGUUGAAAAAUGGGAUUCGAAAUCAUUUUAGACUUCAUUCUGAUUUUU